GUCCCAUCCAUCCGCAUUUUCAACGCAUGCAGUUCAAAGUGUCCUUUGGCGAUGACUGUCGCCGCAUCGUUUUGCCGGCUGGAUCGCAGCUCGCCCAGCUCAAAGCCAAGAUCCGGGAGGUGUACGCAGCCGACGAGACUGGACAGGUCGACAUGGCGGUUUUGGCGCAAUCGCCUUUGGGCGAAACAAUGCUGCUCAAGUACCGCGAUACCGACGGCGACUUGGUCACAAUGGCCCGCGAGGAAGAGUUUAAGAUUGCAGUGGACCUGUUCCGUGAUUCGACGCUUCGUGUUGAAAUUCCCAUCCCGAGUGGCGCGUCACCGCGUCAUGCUGCAAUGCCAGCGCAAGACUUGUCAAAGCCACAGCAGGCUGCGCAGCAAAAGAAGGUGUCAUUCCGGCCUGGUCCGGCGUCAGUUGUGACCUUUGAGACCCCUCCGCGCACGGGCCAUCUAUCAGAGGAGAGCUCUGGCAAUCGUGUGGCGCGGACCAUGGCCUCGAGCGCGCAAGAACUUCAAGGACUCUCUCCGCAAAGUGUUGAACGCAGCAGGAGUGUGUUUGGAGACGAGCUGCCCGAGGCCGAGAUUGUGCAAAUUCUGCGCGACAUUAGUUUCUUUAUCACUGCACGAGUUGACGGCAAUAUGAGCCCCAUGGUUUCCGACAGGAAUCGCAAGAGUCUGAUCACUCCGCGAGGGAUUGCAGAGGGAGCAGGUGCUCCAGGAUCGCCGGGUCGCGGAGUUGUGGGUGCGCCAAGAGUACCUUCCAUCCUUGACUUGAGUACCAUUCAUCAGUGGACUGCCGAGGAUGUCGCUCAAUGGAUGGGCGCCAACGGAUUUGCUGAGUACAUUCCCUUGUUCCAAGAAAACGACAUUGACGGAGAAGCUCUGCUAGCACUUGAUCACGAGACCCUUGGGUCCAUGUCCAUCACAAGUGCAGGACGCCGACUAAGGAUUCUGCGGGCCAUCGCAACGCUGAGCUUGUUUGCGCUUGAUUCUUCGUCGGCACCGCCAGCGGCACCCGCGGCAGAUAGUGAGCUGCAUACUCCUUAAAGCGCAGCGCGAUGCAGCGACUGGUUGAAAUCAAAAUUACAAUAUACAGAACAACUUAUACAGGCACA